AUGCUCUCGUACUUAACACCCCAAUCUUCAGAUUCUUCCACACAGAUCGUCGAGGCUAUCUGGCCCACGUCUUCGGUGGUUUGCCGCACUGAGGCUGGCAGCAAUGGCGUUUUGCCCCUGCGCACUUUCAUCCAGGAGACUCUGCGCCGCUCGCGCACGAGUUACUCCACACUGCAAGUUGCUCUCUACUAUUUGAUACUGAUCAAGCCCCAUGUGCCGGAUCAUGACUUCACCAUGGAACAACCUGACGACUGCCAUGCGAGUCGCGUUCUUCAGUGCGGUCGUCGCAUGUUCCUCGCGGCUCUGAUCCUGGCAUCCAAGUAUCUCCAAGAUCGCAACUACUCUGCGCGCGCCUGGAGUAAGAUUUCUGGGCUUAACACCCAGGAGAUCAACCAAAAUGAGAUGGCUUUCCUGCUCGCGGUCAACUGGAAGCUGCACAUCACCGACGAGGUGUACAACCGUUGGACAGAUUGUGUCAUGAAGCACACGCCGUCCCAACCCCCAUCACCUGGCGGAGCCGCGCAGCUCAAGUUUGAACGCGAGUGUGAGGACUUCAAGAACAUCGUCCUACGACUGACUCCUGACUUGGACAAUUUGGACGAGGUAAUUCCAUCUACCCCCACAAAAGCUCUGGUACAGGAAAAAUCUGUUGUCUCUCCUCGAUCGCUUUUUGCAGCAGCCCAGGAGAAGCCUUGCACAUUCAGCUAUGACUCUAGCGAAGUCACACCAACACCGAAAUCCUUUGGCACCCCCAACAUUAUGGAGCCCAGUCCCGCCUCUGUAUAUACUCCCGGCCGACUGGCUCCUUGUCUGGGACUCUUGCCAACACCCCGUUUGACUCCUCAGACCAGCGGAUUCAGCACUCCUGCCGUGAGUGCUGCGUCGUACAUGCUGGGCAAGGGCUCGUCUAUGGGCUUCGCCAUGGCACAGGCCGGCAAUGUAAACGCUGUGCAGAACAUGGAUAAGUGGCCUGUUUCGAUGACCUCGUCACCUCAGAGCUAUUUCUGCGUACGUCGCUCGUCACUUGCCAAUUCUAUCUCGACCGCGUCCUCCCCCGAGUCGAUGGUUUCGGACACAUCCCGAACCUCUCGUUCUUCCUCAAUCUCCUCUGCUUCCUCGUUGGCCAGCGCGCCGUCCACCAAACUGGAUGUUCAGGCGCGAUGCCGCUAUGCGAAGCUUUGCAGUGAGAGGUAUAGUCUGAGAACAACCAUCGCCUCGGUUCCAGAGGAUUACGAGGAGAAUUGCAUCACCUCUUCGCCUGACUCCUACACCGGCCCGGUGGGCAAGGAGUUUUGUGACAUGUCACUGGACACUCCUUUGGCGAAGAGAGACCAUGAGAUGGACGACACUGCAAGAGACAAUGAUGCUGCUCGCGCUCUCCAGGAACUGCACAACAAUUACCACCGUUCCAUUGCCAUGCAGGUACCCGUCUCGGCAGCCAAGGCAGGGUCGAAGCGAAGUCGGCCAGUGUCCAUGGACAAUAGCAACGUACAGGAUUGCGUUCGCGACAUGUUGAAUGGCUCUUACCCUACCAUGGAGGCGUCGUGGACUGAUUCACUGGUUCGCUCUCGCGCAUCUCUGCGUGACUCUCGUAAGAGAAUGUGCUGCUCAACCGAAGCAUCUCAGCAGUACAACAUGUCAUCCCUCCAUCCCGCUAUGGGUGGCCUUGGGGGUCCUGGCAUGUGGGAGGGCAUCCUGAACUAG